ACGUAUCGUACGAUACUAAUAACUAUGCAUCUACCUACUUUGUUGUUUUUAUUUUGUUUUAAGGUGGAUUUCUUAUCCGACAUCCAUGUACUUUAUUCACCUUCUGUGAAAUGGAAGUUUGUUUUAUUAUCGAAAAAAAACCAUCAGGAUCUAGAGCUUUCUCCUUGCCCAUAUAAAAAACAGCAUUUUUAACUUCUCUUUUCUCAAAUGGCCUCUCUAACCAAGUUGCCCGCUCAAACAUUAAAGGAUACCAAUAAAUACUUUCAAUACUAGAUCUAAAGGGAAUACCAUUCGUAUACAACCUUUUAUAGAACCUAGUGAUCUCAUUAGCAAUCAACAAAGGAUCUCUCACAAUUUCAUCCAAUUUUGUUGCUAUCUCUCUAAUAAAACUCUUCCUCCUUCUUACACCAUGAAAGAUUGAAAUUCUAAUAUUUUAUCCUCAAUCAAACAAAAAAGUAGCAAUGUGCUCCAUUUUAAGAAAUUUGAGUACAAAGUUUUCAUUGAAAGCACUUACAAUUGGAUAUUAUACAAAAAAUUGCAUUUGGAUAAUAUGAAAAAUGCAUCAAAAAAAAUUGAAGGAAAAGGCAAUGUUCCAUACUCACGCAUUAUGGCAAUUUAAUCAUGCUAGAAUUUUUGAAGAACUUAAUAGCAUUAACAGAUAUAAGGUUGAUGGACUUUAGUGCAAGUUAUUAUUAUAUGAAGAAUCUGAGAGGCCUAUUCUUGAUGGCUUUGGGUCAAGAUUGGAUUGUCAUGUUCAUCUUUGAUAUUCGAAGAGGACUGAAUACAGUUAGGAGGAUAUGCAGAGAAUAUGAGAUUUCUGGGGUAUUUGGUCCGAUUUUUGAGUUGCUUGAUUGUGAUGAAAAGUUUUUUACUGCCGUUGAAGUUACUGCCGGAAACAGCUUAUUUCACGUGGUGGUUGAGAAUGAUGGAAUAUCAACCCAAAUAAUUCGACAUCUUAAUGCACAGAAAGGUGGAAGAGUUACAUUUAUUCCAUUGAACAGGGUGAAGGCUCCACAAGUUGCUUAUCCAGAGAGUUCUGAUGUGAUACCUCUUUUAAAGAAAUUGAGAUUCUCUCGUGAUUAUACUCCAGCAUUUGCCCAGGUAUUUGCUAGAACUGUAAUUUGCCGAGAUUUGGAUGUUGCUACACGGGUUGCUCGCAGUGAUGGUCUGGACUGCAUAACUAUGGAAGGCGAUCAAGUGAGCAAGAAAGGUGGCAUGACAGGAGGAUUUUAUGAUUAUAGACGCUCAAAACUGAAGUUUAUGAAUGUCAUUAGACAAAAUACGAAGUCUAUUAACAUGAAAGAAGAUGAACUGGAGAAAACAUUGGAAGAUGACUAUCAAAGGACCCUUCAGGAUGAAGCAAAAGAACUGGAACAACUGUUGGGUAAAAGAAACAUGCUUCUCACCAAACAAGAAGAGUACUCAAAAAAAAUCAGGGAAUUGGGUCCAUUAUCUUCAGAUGCUUUUGAAACGUAUAAGCGGAGGAGCAUUAAAGAGUUGUAUAAAAUGCUUCACAAGUGCAACGAGCAAUUGCAACAGUUCAGCCAUGUAAACAAAAAAGCCCUGGAUCAAUAUGUAAAUUUCACUGAGCAAAGAGAAGAACUCCAGCGAAGGCAAGCUGAAUUGGAUGCAGGUGAUGAGAAAAUUAAAGAACUUAUUUCUGUUUUGGAUCAACGGAAGGAUGAAUCAAUUGAACGCACCUUCAAAGGGGUGGCUAAGCAUUUUCGAGAAGUAUUUUCUGAACUUGUGCAAGGUGGCCAUGGAUUUUUGGUCAUGAUGAAGAAAAAGUUUCUCUUGUUUGUGGUGAUGGACAUUCUGAUUUAUGUCUCAUAA